UGGUCAUAUUUUUAAUUAUCGAGAGAUAAUCUACACAAUCCGUAUCAUCCACGGAUCCCAAGAAGAAAUUACUUUAUAAAGGUCCAGUAACAUCGUCUACGUUUCAAGAUCAGGAUGUUCCUGCUUCCAUCUUUACUAGUGUUCUGUGUGCUGUUCCAGUGCGUAGUGUGCAACGACGCACAAUGUGCUUUGCCUCGACCAAAUUCUUUCACAUUCUCCAUUAACAGUGUCCGCAACCUCACAGGACAUUGGACAGCUCAGCUGGAACACGGAGCCAGCCGGAAAGAUGUAGGUCCUUGGGUGGCGGACAUCGAACACACCACAACCACGUGUGAAGACAGCGAGUCCAUCCACAUAGUGGCCACAGUGACAGCCCCUCCACAGCGACCGGGUGGGGACUAUGAACUUAUACCGAAACUGGGUUACUACAAGUUUCAUACUUCUGGCAAGAACUGGCGAGAAGCGCGUCAAAUCUGCGAGCAGGAGGGAGCUCACCUGCUCAUCUUGAACUCCGAGGAAGAGGCUGGGGUUAUAAGAAGUUUCUGGAGGCGGCAUCCUAAGCUGUUCGACGGAUGGAGAAACUCGUGCGCCUACAUCGGAAUACAUGACGAGUUCGUCGAAGGAGAAUAUAUUACAUUGUUUGGGGAGUCCCUCAAUGCCACUGGAUACGCGAGAUGGGCAAAGAACGAGCCCGGUGAAGGCACUUCUGGUAAUUCUGGGUGCGUUGGAAGAGACGGGGCCCUGUACGACACAAACGGCUUCAACCACCUGGCCUUCUUCUGUGAACAGGAGCUUUAGCGUCGUCAUGAAGCUGGAGACAGCAGACUUUCUGAAGCAUGAAGCCUACUGGCUUCCCUCUGAUUCAGUUAAAUUGCGUCUCACAUUAAUUUCGAACACCUCUGUGAUGAUAAGAGGAAUAACUAUAGAAGUCAGUGAUGUCAGAAAAUUCCCAAGUGUAAUCAAUAUGUAACACGUGAUGUAUGUUGAGAUUUAGGCAGUCUAUGCAUGCUUGAUGACUUAAUUUCGACACUGGUAUUUGUUUAAUAAUUAAAACUAUUGUUAUGUAGUUAAUUAGUCUUGAAAUAAACAAGGAAUGUAAACAACUAACUA